GGAUUUCAUUGAUUUCGGAAUGGAUUUGCUCGCGUGUAUUGAACUCAUUGAAAAGCCGAUGGGUAUUCUGUCGAUCUUAGAGGAAGAGUCUAUGUUCCCGAAGGCCAGCGACAAGACCUUUGAGGAGAAGUUGAAGACCAAUCAUUUGGGCAAAUCUCCCAACUUUGUGAAGCCGAAGCCGCCGAAGCCCGGCUGCCAGGAGGCGCACUUCGCGAUCGUGCACUACGCGGGAACUGUGCCCUACAACGUGACGGGCUGGCUCGAGAAGAACAAGGAUCCCCUCAACGACUGUGUUGUGGAUCAGUUCAAACACGGCUCGAAUACCCUGAUUCAGGCCAUCUUCGAAGACCAUCCCGGCCUCGGAGGCGGUGAUGACGGAGGAAAGGGUGGCAAAGGAGGCGGACGUAAGAAGGGUUCCGGUUUCCAGACUGUGUCCGGAUUGUAUCGGGUA